UCGAUACCUUCACUAUUAUCACGUGCGGAAAGCCGUUUCGAGUGUUUUUUUUGGUGCUGAUUGCUAAUUCGUUUUGCUGUUGCCGUUUGGAUCGCGUGUGAAGAAUUUGCCGUUUUCACGAAUUUCACGAAAAUUCACGAAUAAAACGAAAGAAAAUAUCGUUUGGAUUUCGGUCCUACUGUUCCCAUCGAUACUAUUCAGAGUAAAAUGAGCCUUUACGAGACCGGUAAGGACGUCAAAUCGGCGUUCACCUGCACGGCGGAGCAGCUGGAAGAGGCCGGAUGUAUUGGCGAGGAAGACAUGUCGUCGUCGUUGCUGUGCUACGAGCAGCACAUGCUUUCCGAGCUGCUCCAUUCCGAGGGCUUGCUGGUAUGCGGAAAAGGGGUCGGUUAUGAAAAGGUCCUGCUGACGCUCCUAGCGAUGUUCCGCGAUGCCACCACCAUGGUACUGGUGGUCAAUUGCACGGAGCCGGAGAAGCAGUCGUACAUAUCACGACUUGGCAUCCGGAACAUCCAGGUAUCGUCCAUAACUCCUGCCGAGCGUGCGCACGCGUAUGGAUGGGGUGGCGUUCAGUUUGUAGACGCGAGCGUUCUUGUAACGGAUCUUCUUUUAAACCGUGUACCGGUUGAGCUAAUAACCGGAGUUAUUGUUGUCAGAGCCAACAAGAUCAAAGACGCUUGCUCGGUUGCGUUCGCCCUCCGGUUGUACCGCCAGAAGAACAAGGUCGGCUUCAUUAAGGCGUUUUCCAAGAAUGCCGAAGGUUUUACAUACGGACACGGUCACGUGGAGGAUGUCAUGCGGAAUUCGUUCUUGACAGAACUUUUUCUUUGGCCACGGUUCCAUGCCACCGUUAAAGAGGAGCUAACGUCCUGGCAGCCCAUAGUCGUGGAGAUGCAGAUCCCCAUGAGUCAGAACAUGAUUCUGCUGCAAACGUACAUUCUGGACUUGAUGAAAGAUCUGGUCCGGAACGUCCAAAGCCUAAACCCGAAUGGUGAGCUGCGGGAGGUGACGGUGGAGAAUUGCAUCUCAAAAAAGUUUCCCAAAACGUUGAAGGCAGAAUUGGAUGCGAUUUGGUAUCAGUUAUGCGAGCAAACGAAGCGCAUUGUCGCGGAUUUGAGAGUGCUCCGAGCUUUGAUGGUAUCAACUCUCCACCAUGACGCUGUAGCUUGUUACACGGCAACGAGGAGGUUUCGCUCGACUGAGUAUGCCUUCAAGAACUCCGGGUGGACCCUUUUGGAUUCGGCAGACAAAAUGUUCAAAACUGCUAAGGGUCGGGUGUAUAAUAUGGACAACGAAUUCGACCCUGAACACUGUCCAAAAUGGGAAGCACUAACCAAAGUGCUCCGGCAGGAUAUCCCAACAAAUAUAAAAGAAACAGCGAAGAACAUUCGCAGUAAAGACGAACGCCUAAAGCAUCUCCAUCAGCAAGUCAAGAUCUUGAUAUUGUGCCAAGAUGGCAAUGCGUGCUACCAGCUUGCUGAAUACUUGACGCAAGGACCACAUAGAUAUCUAUUCUAUAAGGCAUUGAAAAACGACGUGGAUGUUUCGAAAGCAGCCGAAUCAUAUCGCCGCUUCCCUACGGAGCAUCGUAGUGGAUACACUGUAAAGAGUGUAGAACCUAAGCAGCAGGCGGUUCCGGAAGCAUCAGCCGGUUCAUCAAGAAGAAGCCUCUUCCGAGAAAAGAUUUCCAAACGCCAUACCGACGCAGCCAAGAAGGCCGAAGAAGACUUGAAAGAUCAAGACGAGGGAGAGAGCUCUAUGUCCAAAAUGGAAGCGGAUCUGCUGGAGAGCACGCAGCAGGAGCAGGGAGAUAACCGGUGCUUCAAGGAUUCCUACAUACUGACUAUGUCUCAGAAAGGUGCCGCCGAGCGGACCAAUUCGGACGCUGGCAAAGAAGAUAAUCAAUGCAACAUCCCCAAAUUGGAAUGCGGUGAAUUCGAACUGGCUUCAGCGAUGGAAAAUGUGGAUAUCACGAAGAUUAUGACCGACAGCAACAAGCCAAUGGUUUUCAUUAGAACUUUCAAGAGCGAAAUCAACGGCACGGAUUCGUUGGAUCGCACAUUGGAGACGAUUAAACCUCGUUACAUCGUAAUGUACCACAGCCAUGUAACUGCAUUGCGGCAGAUUGAAGUGUACGAGGCACGGCAGCAGCGUCAUGAACUGGACCGGGCACGAGUGUUCGUUAUCAUCCACUCGGGAACAGCCGAAGAGCAAUCAUAUCUAACGGCAGUGCGGAGAGAAAAGCAAGCGUUCGAGUUGCUUAUCGAUACGAAACAGAACAUGGUCGUGCCGGAGCACAGAGACGGGAAAUCUGAGGACGCUAUUAUCAUGCUGCAAACGAAGCAGGAGGAUCCCACGAGUCCGGCCGGCGGUGACCAAGCAGUUGCUACCGAAAGCUUUAUCACGCCUCGUAUAAUCGUCGACAAGCGAGAGUUUCGAUCGGACCUGCCAUGCUUGAUCCAUUGCCGCGGAAUAGAGGUGGUGCCCAUGACGAUUACGGUUGGUGAUUACAUUUUGUCGCCGGAGAUUGCCGUGGAGCGAAAGUCCGUUCCCGAUUUCGUCACAUCGCUGAAAUCGGGACGACUUUACCACCAGUGCGACAGGAUGACCCGCUACUAUGCCAAGCCAAUUCUGCUGAUCGAGUUCGAUCGAAAAACCCAAUUUCAUCAUCAGCAGCAUUUGUCCAAAGUAGAGGACGCAUUGGCAUGUUUGGUGGUUAAUUUUCCUUCAAUACAGGUUAUGUGGUCCCCAAGCGCCACGGCCACGGCCAAGCUUUACGAGCUUAUAAAGCGUGGAAAGCAGGAACCUGACCCUGUCAAGGCGUCGUCCCUGGGAAUUAAUGAAGAAGCUGAUGGUAUAAACUUCUUACAAAAUCUACCAGGGAUCGACUCAACAAAUAUCGCCAAUGUGGUAGAACAAUUAGACAGGCCAAAGGAUUUGCAUAAAAAAUCUUUUGCAGAACUAGCAGAGCUGUUAGGCUGCAAAAUUAAAGGGAAAAUGCUAUGGGAUUCUUUAAAUUAGCCCAAGUUCAAAGAGUAAAGCCUGUAUCCGCAAUAAUCGGGACACAGAAGCACGUCAGUAGCUCUGUAAUGAAUCGAUAGAAUCGGCCAAAUAAUUGACUGAGGACCCUUUGGUGUAUGCUUACUAUUUGUGCCAAAUUUCAUGAAAAUCGAUGCAUUACUUUUAACCAUGGAUGAAAA